UGAGGGCGGGGCGAGCGAGCGCUUCUGACUGGGCUGCCCAGCUGCCCCGAGUAGCGGCUGCCGUGGACCCCGGCGGCGCUCCGAGCCUCAUCCACGCUUCUCGCCGACCCCCGCAGGCCCCCCAGCAGCCUGGGAAGGAGGCCAUUUCGGGUCCCGCACCCGCUCUGCCAGGCGGACCUGCAACCCGGAAAGGCGGCGAGGAGUCGGAUCCUGCUGGGACCGGGCCCGGCGGGCCGGCGCCGCGGGGAUGUCGGAGGCGCGGAAGGGGCCGGACGAGACCGAUGAGAACCAGUAUGACUCGGGCAUCGAGUCUCUGCGCUCCCUGCGCUCCCUGCCCGAGUCCACCCCGCGCCCAGUCUCGGGGCCCUCAGACGGCGGGGGCCCCCAGCCCUGGAUUCAUCCUCCGGGAACCGCCAAGGAGCCAGAGGAGAAGGAAGACACGGACGGGGAGCGGGCUGACUCCACCUACGGCUCCUCAUCGCUCACCGAGCCCCUGUCCUUAUCGGGGGACCCCAGGACCGAGGACGCAGUUUCAGACUCACCGCUCCCCGCCGCCGGGGCGCUGAGCCCUCAGCAGCUGGAAGCACUCACGUACAUUUCCGAGGACGGAGACACGCUGAUCCACCUGGCGGUGAUUCACGAGGCCCCCGCUGUGCUGCUGUAUUGCCUGGCUCUACUGCCCCAGGAGGUCCUGGACAUUCAGAACAACCUUUACCAGACAGCACUCCAUCUGGCUGUACAUCUGGACCAGCCAGGUGCAGUUCGGGCCCUGGUGCUGAAGGGGGCCAGCCGGGUGCUGCAGGACCGGCACGGCGACACAGCCCUGCAUGUGGCCUGCCAGCGCCAACACCUGGCCUGUGCACGCUGCCUACUGGAGGGGCAGCCAGAGCCGGGCAGAGGACCACCUCACUCCUUGGACCUCCAGCUGCAAAACUGGCAAGGUCUAGCCUGUCUCCACAUCGCCACCCUGCAGAGGAACCGGCCACUCAUGGAACUGCUGCUUCAGAACGGAGCUGACAUUGAUGUGCAGGAGGGCACGAGUGGGAAGACAGCGCUGCACCUGGCCGUGGAGACCCAGGAGCGGGGUCUGGUGCAAUUCCUCCUCCAGGCGGGUGCCCGGGUGGACGCCCGCAUGCUCAAUGGCUGCACGCCCCUGCACCUGGCGGCAGGCCGGGGCCUCAGCAGCAUCUCGUCCACCCUGUGCGAGGCAGGUGCUGACUCCCUGCUGCGAAACGUGGAGGAUGAGACUCCCCAGGACCUGGCUGAGGAUCCCUUUGCCCUGUUGCCCUUUGACGACCUGAAGAUCUCCGGGAAGCCACUGCUGUGUGCUGACUGAAGCCGGGACACGCUCUCGGACCCCGGAUGCUCCCCCUCUUCCCAUCUGGAAGCUGGAGCCACAGCUGCUGCAGUCUGGGCCCAGGCCGUGUGUCCUGGGAACUGCUAAGGCCAGAGCCUGGGGCCAGCACAGUCUUAAGCUGAGAGGAACCAUCCCAAGUGAGAGAGCCAGUCUGGAAGGAAGAGCUUCGGAGUGGAUAGAAGAUUCCUCAAAGCCCCAGGCAGCGUGGGCGAAGCCUGUUGGCCUCUGUCGAAGAUGGCAGGGCUCUCGUCUCUCCCACAUGGGGUCAGCCUGAAGCUGCCAACCAGUUAAGACAACAUGGACUCUUCCAAAUGAGGAGAGAUACUGAACUGUGAGUGAGCAGGGCCCCGAAGGGUUCCAGCUCUCUGUGGAGGAGGACUCUGAAACACUGUUGCUUAAAGACUUCACACAGAAGGCCCUGAACUUCUGGGGAUGGGGAAGUUUCAAUAACAUGACACUAAAACGGCAGAAACUUUUAACUCCCACCCCCACCCCCAGUUGUUUGCGUGUGUGUGCGUGCGUGCAUGUGUGCACUGGGGAUUUCUAGACAGACCUGUCCUGUGACCUUGUGGUGAAGGCAGAGAGAAGGAAAUUGGUACUUGAGCAGUGUAGGGCCUUGCCAGGGAGGGUAGGGAGGCUGAUGGUCCUCAGCCCUCUCUGUUCAGCCCAGACUCUUGCCCUUUCUGUGGAAAUGUAGAGGAUGGAGGAAGAGAAAGAGGAGUGAGAAGAUGCAAGUGGGAGCCUCAUCACAGCCCUGGAAGAGCCUGGGGAGAAGGGCUAGUCUGUGAAGAGUACACGAGGGAGCGUGGCUUUGUAUGUUUUUUUCUCUCAUUCCACAUGUUUGAGGCAUCUAUUAGGUCAGGCUUAUGCUGUGAUAGAAUUUGGGGAAUAAAGCAAUACAGUUUCUGACCAUUUAGAGAUUAUAGUCUAGUGAGUGAGACAGAUAUUAAAAUCAUAAACAUCUAAAUAUGUAAUUGCAAGUUGCAA